CCACCAGAAGAGGACCACUACACUAAUGGCUUUCGAAACUUUAUAAUUCUGAAGGCGCGUCGAGGUUUGGCUGCAUUCCUGUUGCGGGACUUGACUAGAUUGCAUUCCUCUGUGCAGCUUCCCGCACCGUCUCGCGUCGUAGCUUGCAGAUCCGGAUCUCCUUGAGGCGUGGUAUUUGAAGUGGCGGUAUCGCUUAGGCGGUUUUGUUGAGGAGUUUGAAGAGUUCGAACCGCGUUGGUUCCUCAGCCCCGCGGGGGUUACGUACUUUAAGUGCCAUGGCAACGGGGCAGUUGUUCUCGCGUACAACGCAGGCCCUGUUCUAUAACUACAAGCCCAGUCCUGUGCAGCGCAUGCUCGAUUUCGACUUCCUGUGUGGAAGAGAGACUCCUUCUGUGGCUGGUGUAAUCAACCCAGGAUCUGAUGGUUUCCAAAAGCUCUUUUUUGGGCAAGAGGAAAUUGCAGUCCCCGUGCAUGGCAGCAUUCCCAGUGCUUGCAAAAUUCACCCGACAGCAGAUGUUUUUAUCAACUUCGCAUCUUUUCGCAGUGCUUAUGCAUCAUCCAUGGAAGCUCUGAAGCAACCAACUAUCAGGGUGGUUGCAAUCAUUGCCGAAGGAGUUCCUGAAGCGGACGCCAAGAGACUUAUAGCUUUUGCCCGUGCGAACAAUAAGGUCGUAAUUGGCCCUGCCACAGUAGGUGGCAUUCAGGCUGGUGCAUUCAAAAUUGGUGAUACAGCCGGCACAUUGGACAACAUCAUCCACUGCAAACUUUACAGACCUGGAUCCGUUGGAUUUGUAUCUAAAUCAGGAGGUAUGUCAAAUGAGAUGUACAAUGUCCUUGCUCGUGUUACAGAUGGUCUAUAUGAAGGCAUCGCCAUUGGUGGAGAUGUCUACCCUGGGUCCACGCUUUCAGAUCAUGUGUUGCGGUUUAACAACAUUCCACAGAUCAAGAUGAUUGUUGUUUUAGGAGAGUUAGGAGGGAGGGACGAAUAUUCCCUAGUCGAUGCUCUGAAAGAGGGCAAGGUUGGUAAGCCAGUAGUGGCUUGGGUCAGUGGCACAUGUGCCCGACUCUUCAAGUCCGAGGUUCAGUUUGGCCAUGCUGGUGCCAAGAGUGGCGGUGAUGAAGAGUCUGCACAAGCUAAGAAUAAAGCUUUGGCUGAUGCUGGAGCCAUUGUACCAACUUCUUUCGAAGGUUUAGAGGCCACUGUCAAAGCUACGUAUGACUCACUGGUGGACAAGAAGGUGAUUAUCCCAGUCAAGGAUUUCGUUCCACCUACAGUCCCAGAAGACCUCAACUCAGCAAUUAAGAGUGGAAAAGUACGGGCGCCCACUCACAUUGUGUCCACCAUUUGUGAUGACAGAGGUGAAGAGCCUACAUAUGCGGGUGUGCCAAUGUCAACAAUCAUUGAAAAGGAUUAUGGUGUUGGUGAUGUCAUUUCACUCCUUUGGUUUAAGCGCAGUUUGCCUCGAUACUGCACCAAGUUCAUCGAGAUGUGCGUCAUGCUCUGUGCUGACCAUGGUCCCGCUGUGUCUGGAGCUCACAACACCAUUGUCACUGCUCGUGCAGGAAAAGACUUGGUUUCGAGUCUUGUAUCUGGACUGCUCACAAUUGGCCCCCGAUUUGGUGGAGCUAUCGAUGAUGCUGCUCGUUACUUUAAGGAAGCUCAUGACAAGGGCUUGACACCUUAUGACUUUGUGGAGAGCAUGAAAAAGAAAGGAAUCCGAGUUCCUGGAAUUGGCCACAGAAUCAAGAGCCGUGAUAACAGGGACAAGAGAGUGGAGCUUUUGCAGAAGUAUGCACGCACGCAAUUCCCCAAUGUUAAGUACAUGGAAUACGCUGUAACAGUAGAGACGUACACACUGAGCAAAGCGAACAACCUCGUGCUAAAUGUCGAUGGGUGUAUCGGGUCUCUCUUCCUGGAUCUGCUAUCAAGUUGCGCAAUGUUCACUCCCCAGGAAAUUGAUGAAAUCAUCGAGAUUGGGUACCUUAAUGGACUUUUUGUCCUGGCAAGGAGCAUCGGUCUGAUUGGUCACACAUUCGAUCAGAAGCGUCUGAAGCAGCCUCUGUACCGUCACCCGUGGGAGGAUGUUCUGUACACUAAGUACACGUAAAUUUAUAUCAAGCUCAAAGCAUGGUAAGGAUUCAUUUGUGCCUGUAGUGCUUACCGAUCAGCAAAAUUUCUUAUCCAAGCAGCUCUUUUCACCAUUUAAUAGUAGCCCUUAGAAUGGGAUACGUAUUGCAAGACGUUAAUUCUUUCAGGGCUUCAAUAGGUAAGCCCUGACCAAGUCCAGAGUCGAGAGAAUUCGGAUUUUUAGAGGAUUUGUGGUUCCGUCGCCACUCAUUCAUUUGCCAGGGGCUUGAUCAGUACUUUCAAAUGACCCUCCAUUUGCUCUCAUAUUCUAAUUUAUAAAGAGGCAACCUUCAUAGUGUUAAUUGUA